UGUGGAGAGAUUUUCUUAUGCCGUCUUGAUGGAAUAUGUGAAAGAAGACUGUUCUUUUGAAGAAAUUGGAGGUGUUUAUAUUCCCAAUGCCAACAAAGUAGGAUGGAAGUUGGUCACAAAUGACAAUGAUGUUAUAAAUUAUGUGCUUGCACAUGAAAACGAUGAUGUUAUUGAUUUUUGGAUUGACAAUGUAGCUGAUGAGGAAAUCCCUCCAAUGGAUCAGAAUCAACCACAUGUUAUUGUAAGGCCAAGAAAGUGCAUCUUAACAGGAUCAAGUAAUCCACCAAAGAGAAAUGUUUUCAUGCUAAAGUCUGCUCAACAACAGCAUCAUGAAAAACCAAAAGAAAAAAAAUGCAUCACAGAAAAGAGCAAAGUGAAGGCAAAUGACAAGUUGGGUGUCAAACAUGUUGGUGAACACGAUUCACAUUUUGGUGAGGAUGAUAUGAGUCCAUUCAAGGCAAGAUCAUAUGAACAGAUCAGGUCGGAAAACAUUGAAGCUAACAAUGAACGCUUGACUACACUUGGGCUGAGUAAGUUAUCUGUAGAAUUGGAUUCUUGUGGUCCAGAGAAGAAAAGGAAAAGAAAACUAGGGAGUCUAAAAGAAGGCCAUCAGAAAACGAAGGCCAUGGUGAAAAAGACCAAGGAAGCAUCUCGCCCUAAAACACGCUCCAGAUCCAAUGUGCAUCAACUGCUUGAUGAAAAUGAAUGUGUAGUACCAACUUCUACACAGAUCAUUAUUGAACUAGUGAAGAAGUGCACUCGUAAAAAGCCCUUGAAAGAUCACAAUGAAUUAAGAAAUGGAGAGAUAGGAUCUAUGUCUGCAUAUCUAGCUUUGAAGAAGAAAAGGCAAACGAUUGAAGUCAGACAUGAGGAAGAUUCAAUCGACAUGCAGGAUGCAGUGGUUCAACAUGACAAUGCUGAAAUGGGACAAGAAGGACCUAAGAAAAUUACUGAAGAAAAUCAGCGAGAGAAAAAGUGUAGAGGACCGACAAGAAUGUUUU